GUCCCUUGCAUUGGAUCAAGAAAACGUGGUGAAGGAUUCGGGUAUCACGCAGGAUAACAAAGGAUGGGAAGGUGAAAUCUUGUGCUUUGCCUUGACGUUCUGUGCUUGUCGCAAAAAGAUCGAAAAGGCGAUUCUGCGCGUGGGAAAUGAAAGCCGCGAGCUGUCAAAAAGGCGAGAGCGGUACAAAACCAAGGCGUAUUACUAGUAUACUCUGUCAAGCUUUGAAUCUCCCCAUUUUGCCCUUGUAAUCCUUUGCAAAUAACGCUACUCCUUCUGGCUUCAGCUAACUCCCAUGGCGAACCAAGACACUCGCAAAAAGAAGGUGUUGGUUCAAGUCCUCGAAAAAUUGAAAAUUCGAUUCCCAAUUCCCACAGAAUGGAGGAACGAAGCAAUUCCGUCGCGGGGUUCUGUGUCAUCACUGAGGACGUUUGCAUCGAGUAACAGUGAAGUAUCCGCGCAGCCUCAGACGCCCACGUCGCCGACUCUCGAAGACCAGUGGCGAUCUCUUGCCUUCCAUACGGAGCUGGUCUCCCCUCCUGCACCUCCAAGUCCAAGUCCGACGCACUCCAAGAGUCCAGCGUCAAAAAGACAACACCGCAUCAGUACGUCCAGCAGUGUCCCCACUCUCAAGAACACCGUUAGGCUUGCCCGCACCAGCAUUUCAAAUCUGUCAUUCUACCUGCGGACCUUUAGGAGCACUGCUGAUUCCUUGGGAACUGGAAGUGAUUGGGAAACCGAUGAGGAAUUAGAAAUGGCCGAAACAGGCAGUACCAAAACCCAGGCUUCAAUGUAUGAUAUAUUGUACGCAGACGAUCGUUGGAAUUGUCGCCCAAGAAAUUCCAUGGUGGUCAAGCGCGACCGACAGGAGAAUGUUAAAGGUGGGACGGCUUCUUAUGCCAUGGCAGUUGCCAAAGCUUUUCAUACUCGAGCAGAAGGGUGUAUGCUGGUGCAAACUUUGAAUGAAAAAGAGAAACAAUCCGAAAGUGCCGUCGAUAUACCCGCCUUACCUCCUCUCCCACCCGGACCAGACUCCGCGCGGAGAUCGCCCCACACAUUUCAAUCCACAUCCGUAAAUGAACCCGUCUUGCCAGAUCUCGACAGCAAACCUCUCCCGCCACUACCUAAACCUCAUAAAACGCGGCUCUUGUCCAUCUACUUAACACGCACUCGUAUGCUUAUCCGCAACCGAGUGCUUGCUAGGACUUGGUAAUUAAGAUUAUGCAGAACCUCAUAUUCGCAAGGGAGAUGAGCAAUAGUGAUGUCAGACUCUUUGUAUUACAUAGAAUAUACUAUUAUGUAGGAUGCAGGUCAUCCCUAAGCAAAUGUUCAAAUAUUACAGCUCUAUCUACA